AUGGCCGCCAAGCUGUUCACGCCGCUGACGCUGGACGGCAAGAAGGACCCCGUGCAGCUACUGCACCGCGUGGUGAUGGCGCCGCUCACGCGCCUGCGCACGGGCGAGGAGGGCGUGCAGACGGCGCUGGGCGUCGAGUACUAUAAGCAGCGCGCGACGCCCGGCGGCCUCAUCAUCGCCGAGGCCACCAACAUCUCGCCCACGGGCCGCGGGUCCUGGGGCUCGCCGGGCAUCUUCGCGCCCGAGCAGGUCGAGGCCUGGCGCCACGUCACCGAGGCCGUGCACGCCCAGGGCGGCAGGAUGUUCCUGCAGUUGUGGCACACGGGCCGCGUCGGGCACCCGCUCAACCAGCCGGGCGGCGUCCUGCCCGUGUCGUCCAGCUCCAAGCUCGAGAACAUCCGCACCGGCAAGAAGAUCGUCACGCGCGAAGGACGCAUGGAGCCCGUGCCGCCGCGCGCGCUCGAGACGAGCGAGAUCCCGGGCAUCGUGGCGGACUACCGCUCGGCCGCGGAGAACGCCAUCAGCGCGGGCUUCGACGGCGUCGAGCUGCACGCCGCCAACGGCUACUUGCUGGAGCAGUUCCUGCACGACAGCAUCAACGACCGAAUGUAG